ACCCUCUCCCUCCCACGCUCUAUCCCACUCUCCACACUCCAUCGACAUGUUCCAACGAAGCUCCGAUCUGUUCACGUCCCUCUCUCGUUUCCCUGUCCUUCCCUCCCACUCUCCAUCGACCUGUUCCCUCUCUCCCACCGGCGCCGCUUGUUCCUGAAAGAUGAAAGGAGUAUUUUGACGGGAUCUUCUCAUCCACUCGCGGAUCUGGUUCCUCCUUCCCUUCCAUCGAAGUCCUUUCCUCUCACGUCCCUCUGUUCUCGGUUCCUGUCCGUGUAGAAUCGAAUCAAUCCAGAUUUGAUGGAUGAGGAGAGAGGUGAGAUCAAUGUUUGCGAGCGCGGGUACUCGAUGGACUCCACGAAAUCAAGGUGGGUUUACCAGGUAGAAGAUGAGGAUGCGUCGGAUAUUGAGGACUUUGACGCUGAUUUGAGAUUGAGAGGCCGACGAAACGGUGCUCCUGUGCAGCUGCUUGAUUCUGACGAGGAGGAUGAUGGCACCACCGAGCAGAGACUCAUUCGCACUGGUCCUCGAGUUGAUUCCUUCAAUGUUGAAGCUCUUGACGUCCCUGGUGCUCACAGAAAUGACUAUGAGUUGAAAUUUCAGAUGGAAAAACAUUUAAUUUUUCUGUGUGUUUGCGCGCGAGUUGCGAGAAGCUCCGCCUAACACCCUCGCAUCACCCUUCUCCGUCAUGGCCAUGGCCAGCCACCACCUCGUCGUCACGCUCUCACUCAAUGGUCAAAAGGUUAGUUCACAUUGUAAUUUCAAUUUUAGUUUGUUCGUGACUUUAUUUCUUGGAGCUUACAUACUGUGCCAUUUGAUUUUCUCCUUCGUUUUGAUUUAUGUUAUGAAUUCAGAGUUUGAUUUCAUCAUUUAUCAUUUUUUCAUUCAGAGCAUGGCAAUGGACGGUGAAUAAGGUGAGCCAUUAUCUCUCCCUUCUCUAUUUGUAGCAUGCUCUUUUAUUGAGAUUCUUAAAUGACAU